UCUCGCGGUCAACCGACGCAUGCGCGCGCUUUUUGAUUAAAAAAAAAGUAUUUUGAAGUCAGUGAUUUGACGCAUGUAACUGUGUGAUUUUAAUCUUGUGUUAAUUUAAUAAAAUCCAUCAUGCCUGACCAAGAAGUAGAACACAACAAAGACAUAGUCGCGAUUAAAGAUUGGCUCAGCAAGCAACCCCAUCUACCGCACGACGUUGAGGAUGUGCUGCUCCGUCGAUUCUUUACCAGUUGCGGGUUCAGCUUGGAGCGUGCAAAACGCACCAUCGACUUUUUCUUCACCAUCCGCUCCACGGCGCCAGAGUUGUUCUGCAAGCGGGAUCCUUGGUCGCCAGAGAUAAGACGUGUCUUUGAAAUUACUGACAUGCUUCCCCUACCUUAUAAGACGCCGGAGAAUUACAAAGUCUUUAUUUACCGUCUGAACAAUCCAGAAUUGGAUUUGUUUAACUUCAUCGACGCUGUGAAGACAUUCUUCAUGCUCGCUGACACCAGGCUAACAGAAGAGGACGAUAUACCUUCAGGGGAGAUACCGAUCUUUGACUCUGCUAAUGUUAGUCUCAAGUUUAUUGGCAAAGUAAACCUGUCGGUUCUGAGAAAGUACAUGCUGUAUACACAGGAGGCGAUUCCGAUCAGGCUUAAGCAAGUGCAUGUCAUCAACGCUCCAGCGUAUAUAAGCAAAAUAUACGCUUUAUGCAAGCCUUUCCUCAAAUCUGAAGUCGCUAAGUUGGUAAAGUUCCACGAACCGAACUCUAGUACGUUGUACAAAGACGUACCACAAGAGCUGUUGCCAUUGGAGUACGGCGGCAAAGCCGGCAGCGUGCAGCAAAUCAAACGCUACUGGAUAAAGAGAAUCGAGGCUAAAAGAGAUUGGUUCCUAACAAACGACCAGAAUUGGAGUGUGGAUGAAGCAAUGAGACCGACAAAUUGCAAAGACGAUAGAACGGACCAAGUACGAGAUCUGCCGGGCUCCUUCCGCUCUUUGGCCUUGGAUUAAAAAUUACCCUGUCAUUAUUAUUUGAUGUAAAUUAAUCUGUAUUACCCAAAAAAAAAUAAUUGGACACUGUUUAAUUAAAUACCGUUUUUAAUACUUUGACGGCCGAUGAUUGAUAUUAUGGACCUCAAGGUGGUUACUUGUUUCACCAUAAAUGAGAUUCAUCUUACUGUUUUCUGAAUAAGUACUUUAUUUUUUGCUGGUUAAGAUCGCAUUUGGCAUCCACGCAUAUUGUUUGAAUAACCAUGAUAUUUAUAAAUCCGCGACAGACGCUAAUCUCGGGAUAAAAAGGUUUGUUUAAACUAAAAUGUUUUUUUAAACACUGUCUAUUUUUUAUAGUUGGACCCAAUGUUUUUCAAACUGUAGAAACAGAGACUGCAAUAUGUAUGAAUGCAAAUGUCUAUUCAGUGGAACUCUACUGUUACACGUCGUAAUUGCGCGACAUAUUUUAUACUAAUUGUUUAAAGUUGAUGAUUUUUGACCCCGUUUUAAAGCUAUCUCGACAGCAAUAUGGCAAAUAGAUAAAAGGCGAUACAAAUAGCCUAAUAAUAAAUUACUUGUGUACGAAAAAUCUAUUUACAAGAUAUAUUUUAUAUUUAAAUCUUGAUUUUAAUAUCGCUCUACAAAUAUCGUAGAGCGCAUUAAACUUAGCAGAACCGAGUUCUUGUAUGAAUUAAUAGGUUAAUAAUUAAGUGAAAAAUCAAUAUUACCCAUAAUAACUGUACAUUUUAUCAAUUUCAUUCAAUUUAUGUCAAUAAAAUAGUCAAAAAUAUGUUUUUUGAAACUAUACCUUUACGGUUUUUUUCUCCGUAUGAACUUUUCUAUUAUUUGCUUCACACAGUAAUAUCUGAGCAUGCUUUAGUUUAGUUAUUUAGUUAUUUUUCUUUUAGUUUAGCUCUUAUUUGUUUAGUUGACGAUAUUUCUUGUUAUAGAAUCAAAAAAGAUUCCUAGUAUGUAUCAUGAUUUAGACGGUGCAAGCGUUAGUUAUAUUAAUUGACUUUUAAGACAAUAUUCAGCUAUCUAGCUAAAGCAAACUUCUUAACCAGGUCAGAGUUUGUGAUUAGUUACUUAAAUGUAGCUUCCGAUCUUGAAGCAGCUUACCCCAUAUUAAUGUUUAUUUAACCUUCAAUAUUUUAAUAAUAGAAAACUUGUGUAAAAAUAUAAAAAUGUAUUUAAAGUCAUUUGAUAAAUAUAUCAAGAAGCUUAAAAUCUACCAUCACAAUGUUUGUAAAACUUAAUCUAUUGUAAAAUAAAUCCUUACUUUAAUAAC